UGGUGCUGAGGAGCGCUCGGCUCACACACCAAACCUCCAUCCACUGCCUGUGUGAUCCCCCCUGUCUGAAAUAGAGAUGAAUUAGGUGCGCUUCACUUUAUGGACUGAAUGCAAAAACCAUCACUGCGGAUUUAGUUUGAACUUUCACGGCGGGACCCAGAGAGGAAGUAUGUGGAGAUACACCAACUUGUUUGCGUGCCUGCUGGUUCUGUGUGAAGAUGCGGCUUCACAGAGCAAGAUCUUUGGGGAGACUGAGCCUGUUCGAAUGGUGUCAGAGGGCUCAGACUGCCGCUGUAAGUGCAUCAUGCGACCGCUCAGCAGGGAUGCGUGCCUGCGGCUGCGCAGUGGCAGCGUGCGCGUGGAGGACUUCUACACGGUAGAAACGGUCAGCUCUGGUUCUGACUGCAAAUGCUCCUGCACCGCGCCACCAUCCUCCCUCAACCCCUGUGAGAACGAGUGGAAGAUGGAGAAGCUUAAGAAACAGGCCCCCGAGUUGGUAAAGCUCCAAUCUAUGGUGGACCUCCUCGAGGGAACACUUUACAGCAUGGAUCUGAUGAAAGUCCACUCAUACAUCAACAAGGUGGUCUCUCAGAUGAACACCCUGGAGGAGACAAUCAAGACAAACCUAACGCGAGACAAUGAAUUUGUCCGAAACAGUAUGGCAACGCUAACCAACCAGUUUAAGAGAUAUGAGAACUACUCCAACAUUAUGAUGAGCAUAAAGAAGGAGAUCUCCGGUCUCAGUCUGCAGCUGCUUCAAAAAGAUUCCUCUGAGACAAAAGUGCAGGUUACUAACGAUGAGAGGACCAAGGCGGCCUUGAAACCACCUAACAAAAAGCCCCCAGCAGCCAAGCCCCCUCCCAAACCCAAAGAAAAAGUCAUCAAGCCCAAGAAGGAGGUCAUUAAACCUGAAAAACCGCUGAAGCCCAAUCCUACUGCCAAAAGCAAGGUGGUUGGCCACCAGCCAGGUGUGGUAAGGGGCAUCACUUACUACAAGGCUGCCAAGACGGACAAGGAUGAGGUCAGAGGAGACAACCCAGCCAAAACAUACGCACGUCAUCACAUCACCGAAACCCAGUCUGAGGAUGGUGGAGCGGAAAUGGUUCUCGAAACCGCGGAAGCUACGGUUGCCGAACCUACCGCGCCCGCUGCAUUCCAUACCACCGUAGCGCCUACCGCCACUACGAGCGCUGUCACGGGACCAUCUACCACCACUGCACGGACGACGAGCCAAAGUACAGCAGCUGCGGAGAAGCCGGCCCCUACUAUUGUGCUGCUGCUGGACAACAGCAAUAACAACAGUCGGCCCACUCUUCACAGAGCAGGUAAAAUUCUUAGCUGCGAAGGGACUCUGGCGUCAAUCGAGCAGCCGGAGAAGCAGCACAGUUACGGACGCAACGAGGGAGCUUGGAUGAAGGAUCCACUGGCUAAAGACUCCAAGAUCUAUGUCACAAACUAUUACUAUGGCAACAAUCUUGUGGAGUUCCGCAACCUGGACAACUUCAAGCAAGGCCGAUGGAGCAACCUUUUCAAACUCCCUUACAACUGGAUUGGCACAGGUCAUGUGGUUUAUAACGGAGCCUUCUACUACAACCGAGCCUUCACCAAGAACAUAAUCAAGUACGAUCUGAAGAUGCGAUAUGUGGCAGCCUGGACACUGUUACAUGAUGUGGUGUAUGAGGACACCACCCCGUGGAAGUGGAGGGGUCACUCUGACAUGGACUUUGCAGUGGAUGAAACUGGACUGUGGGUGAUCUAUCCCUCAGUCGACUACGACUAUCACCAGCAGGAAGUGAUCGUCAUCAGUAAAUUGGAUCCCGGAGACCUGUCCUUGAAAAAGGAAACCACCUGGAGGACAGGUCUCAAGAGGAACUCUUAUGGCAACUGCUUCAUCAUCUGCGGUGUCUUGUAUGCCGUCAAUGUGUACAACCAGAAGGAAGGCGAGGUCCACUAUGCUUACGACACGCACACAAACACAGAAGCCGUCCCACGCCUGGCCUUCACCAAUGAGUACUCUUUCAUCACACAGCUUGAUUACAACCCCAAGGAGAAGCUUUUGUAUGCUUGGGACAAUGGCCAUCAGGUCACCUAUCGACUCAACUUUGUUGACCAGUGAGAAGAGCUCCAACAAGCUCACAGUAGUCCUGCUGGUAUGGACCCAAGGUGCUGACUGUUUUACGACUUGUUUGACCUGAAAACACUAGGAAUGUGCCAUAACUCUCAGUACCAGUACUCAUUAUUCAUGGACAUAAUCUUACUGGUUGAUAGGUGGAGUUCAUGUUGAUAAAUCUUCAUUCAUGAAAUGUCAGCAGGCUGGCACACUGUUUGCAUGCAUAAAGGACAGGUAAUAAAUAUAACAGCAACAUAAGCGUUGUGACAUGAGCUACUUGAAGGGAAUUCCAGGCUUGGAUUUUAUAAAUCAACCACUAAAGGCCGUUUCAGCAGUUUCUGUGGUCUGACAAGCGGUCCAGAGGAGGGUGGAGAGUGAGAAGCUAAGAAGCAGGACGAACCCAAGCUACGACUCAUUUAGGAAAGACCUUCACAAACAUGAGCUAAAAGAAAACCCAGCUGUUUCUCCUUGAACACAACACUAUGCAUGCACGGUACAUUUACAUGAAAACAACCAAGUAAAAACUAGGGGUGGGCCAAAUCUUUGAACCAAUCCAAGGUUAGUGCCGAUACCGAUACGUUUUAUUUGCAACAUUUCAAGACCGUUGAAUGAUUGAGUGAUUUUACCUUCAAUUUGUUGAUCAUGAUUAUAAUCAAAACACAGGGCAAACAUUUUAGGCAAACAAAAAAAGUGUCGAGCAUCAUGUUUACAAUUAUGCGGCUUCACUCCAUCACCGUUUGUCAAAAAUAUAAUAAAUCAUGCAAUCAUAAAUCAUGUUUUGUUUGAACACCACCUUUUAUUAGUCCAAAAAUAUGCAUAUUUCAGCACAUUUUAUGGGUUUUUUUGCCUUUCCAAUAAGAAAAUGUCUAAAUGAAGUAAAGUACAAUUAUAAGGCAUUCAGAAGAUGCAUUCAAAGACAUUGUGAUGAUAUGUAGUAUUCUACACUGGUCAGUAGGUGUCAGUAAUUUUACUGUAAUGUUGGGUGAGACACACAAGCACCAGACCAGGCUUUUAUUGCAGGUUUCAGUGAUCUCACAACAGGCACAGUAAUCCCUAACACGGGCUACACCAAGCCAAGCUUCCUGUCCGGCCACCAGCUCUCCUAGCACCGGAACACAUUUACAGCAACACAUACGAGCACAUGUCUUAAUUAUGUUUUAUGUCUUAUUUUGUCUUAUUACGUCUAUUAUAUGGGGUAAUAUGAGCGUAAAGGUGACUAUAGGGUUGCAAUUUAAUGUCUAGAGGGCUCUAAUAAUGUUACAAAAAGCAUUUAGAAGGUUGUAAACAGUUUUGCUAUGCUCGAACUACAAAAAUAUUCCAUUUAUGGCUUAAAUUCACUUAUCAUGGUCGGGUCUGGAACCAGUUAACUGCGAUAAAGGAGGGAUUACUGUAUGUAGACUACAUUUCUGAUGUUUUUUGUGAAAUGCUACUAAUAUCAAAGAUGUGUCAUAUUACAUGCAGUAUAUGUUACAUUGUAAAUGUAUUUUUUAUUUGAAAAGAACUCAUCUUGACACAUUUCAUGACCGUCACAUGACAACCACUCCAAAAUGCUUCCUGCACAUCACUUAGGGACUUGAUGAGUUCAAGUCAAGCACAAAGCUGCACAGGACACAUUUGAACAUAUUUGAAGUGUGGAUGACACGUGUCACCAAGCGAUUUCAUGGCUUCAUGAUGAAAAGCAGUAAUGUGGGGACAGCGGUCAGUUCAGGUCACUUUCCAGAUGAGGUGUAGCCAGAAUCUAUUUAGAGGAAUUCCAUUUCUUGCUGUUGGUCAGGCCUACUAGCCACUCUAGUAGCAAUGUUGCGGAAUUGCAGCUGUGUUGUUAAUCUCCCUUUGAAACGGGCGCCAACAUUUCACACAGCUAAAAUGCUUUGGGUCGAAACCCUGCAAUUGAACUCAACCAAUAAGAUUAUGCCUUCAAAUUUGCCAUACGUCGGAGAAAUGUUUGACGAAGUAAUCUUCCCAUGAAGUCCAACCCAUCACCGAGCGGUUUGUUCAUCAUUGUGUUACGUCAUCAUUCCUUUUUGUCUUUUUUCACUCGAUGUGCUUUGAUGAAUGUGUUCAAUAAAAUAUUAACUAAAAUGAAAAAAACAAAGAAAAAUCUGUACAGGUAUGUUUUUUGUUUAUAUUUGUUUUCUAUAACCUGAAUUCAUAUGACGAUUACUAUUCUUUUCUUGAACAUUUAGUAUGACAGCAUUUAUGGCAUUAUACUGUAUAUACACAAGCUGACUUGGCGGAAUAUUUAAUUUUUGACUGUGUAAGCCUUAAAGGAUCAGUGUGUAGGAUGGACAGUGUUACCAUCGACUCAUUCCCGUUCUACUCCCUCAAAAGAACAUACCGUGACCUGCAGGAUCAGGGACAAAGAAGAGUUUUUCCACUGUCACUCAGAUACAUCCUGAAUGUUACACACUGGACCGCUAAGGCUGCCAGCAAUGUUGUUUUGCUACCUUUUCAGAAUUUACUCAGAAAUCAUUUUAAUAAAG